GGAAAAGUUUGGGUUUACACAGACAUAUUGUGAAUUAAGGGCAUCACUGCCAGCGCCUGUCUAGGAAAAUCAACACAAAAGAAUUAAGCUUUGAACGACGGCAUGACUGUUACCAAGACAAUAUGCCUACAUCCCUCCGGCUAACGGUUCUGCUAUGCGCGAUACAAGCACUUGCAUCAGAAAUGGAGUUGAUACCAAGUAACGUUACAGUGCUACGUGGCGACGAGGUUCGCUUCAACUGCAGCACACGGAGAUCGUGGGACGUGAUGGUGUGGUUAUUGAGUUCGAGGACCGUCAUGACCAUCUCGGCCCUUUACGGGCGAUUGGGUGACGAUGUCAGAUACGGUGCGGUGAACCACUCGACCUCUGAAAAGUCAGUGUGGGAGUUUGUUCUGUGGAAUGCCUCACUCAGCCGCACGGUCCAGGAGGUCGCCUGUGACCUCCAGAAUAUUGAUAGAAAAACAGCGGCUCUGUUUGUCCAAGAGACGGGCAGUGUGAGGAUUGUGGGUGACAGACCCGUUCAGAAGGGGGAGCUGGUUCUUCUGCACUGCGCGGCUGAGGGCUGGUUCCCAGAGCCCGCUGUGGUCUGGAUCGUGAACGGGAAAGAAGCGGGAGGCGACGAAUACAACGUCACCAGUAUCCAGGACUCUGCGGGACUGUUCCACUCCAACAGCACCCUGGGUGUCCGCGCCGAGAGGACGACCACAGUGGAGUGUCAGGCAUCGGUGACCGCUCUCUCUGCGCCCCAACGCCACAAUAUCACGCUGGCCGUGGUUUCAGAGGACAACACCGUGCUGAUCGCCGUGACGACCUCAGUCUGCGUCCUCGUCCUGUUGCUCCUCGCCGUCGGCAUCGUUGUCUGGUUCAGAACGAUAGCGGCCAAAAUGGAUGAGCAGGAUGAGAGAAGCUUAGAUCAGCAGGAUCGUGAGCGAAACUCUGCGGUCUCAGACACAGGGGGAAGGGUCAACCCGGGAUACCUCUCCGAGGGUCGCACAGACACAGGCUGCAAUGACCUCAGUGGCAGUGACUACAGGCAGACAAACCCUAUCAGCGCCAGGAAGAUUCCUGACGUCGUCUAUGCAAAUAUUCGAACAGUCAGAAGCGAGGACAGUCACAGUUCAACAGGCAGUGAUGGCGUUAAAAGAACACGUCUUGUUACUACUGUUUAAGUUUACUGGUUGACCCCUGAAACCCGUGUUUCCACUGCUUACACAGUAACCAUAGUGAUGGAUUUAGAACUCAUCCCCGUGUUCCAACCCGAAGGUUCUGUGUUCUGAUUACAAUGUGUCCUUGUGUCUGGGAAGUGUGCUGUUAUUCUGCAAUAACAAACAAACAAUAAACAGUGUGCACACUCACACUCGACACACACAGAC